AUUACGUGGCCUUCAGCUAGUGGUGAUCAAAGCAGAAGGAAGACACCUGGAUGAUAUUUCAUAAACUGACGUUAAAUCCAUAAAUACCAGUAAUAAGAUACAUAUAACAGUUUGUGUUGAAUUGUCAAUUUUAAGACUAAAGUAGUAAAUGUGUAAUUUUAAAUCAAAUAAAACGUAGCGGUUUUAAUUCAAAUUCAGAAUAAUUUGGUUUAACGUCAGUUGAUUUUGGGAAAUCAGAAAACGAAUGAUUCUUGCUUCUGUGAUACAAGUAACUUCGGCCGCAUUGCUUCAAGCAUGACGUUAGUUAAAAACAUGUAAUCAAUGAAAUUACGUUUCAUAACAAACAAAUCCUAUUUCCAGUCGAGCCUGUUAAUGGCCGAUAUUUGAAAGGACCUCUUUAAAACAAGCUGGUUAAGUUAAGUUAGCGAACGUCGCGGGAGCGUUAGCACAGCUAGCUAACGUUAGCUAACGGAAUAACGGCCAACUAACCGCGGCCAUUUUGAAGGCCAUUCCAGUCUACUACUUCGAAUGGAUCCUCGUGAGGACAGACGGCUUCCGCGUGGAUCCAGAGACGUAAACGCCGCCGACGCGGAGCUAGACGUGGUUGUGCGUGCGGGCAGCGACCAACCCGUGAACGGCGACCUCCGAACACUGCACAACCUGACGGCCUUGGAGAAGACCUGCCCGCGGGCCCCGGACCUCCGGGUGGUCCAGACGGACAUCGAGCCCCACAUGCGGAGGAUACUGGCAGUGUGGAUGUUUCAGGUGUGCGAGGAACAGAGAUGUGAGGAGGAGGUGUUUCCGCUGGCGGUGCAAUACCUGGACUGUUACCUGGGCAGGUUCGCCGUGCAAAAACGCAACCUGCAGCUUUUAGGGGCCGUUUGUAUGUUCCUGGCCUCCAAAAUGAGAGAGACCGUCCAUCUGACGGCCAUCAAGCUUUGCAUCUACACAGACAACUCCAUUUCCGUAUCAGACAUUCUGCAUUGGGAGCUGACAGUGGUUUCUCGGUUGGACUGGUGUCUGGCCUCUGUGGUUCCCUCUGACUUCUUGGGGCCGGUGCUUCACGCUCUGCCCUUAGUUCGGCCCCACCUCCUUCCCAACGUGCGACGCCACGUGCACUCCUAUAUCGCUCUGGUGGCCAUUGACUGCAGGUUUUCAGUGUUCUUGCCCUCCACUAUUGCAUGUGCCUGCGUGAGCAUCGCCAUGCAGAGGCUAAAGUUAACGGACGCCGUCGUCUCCCCUGUUCCGGUGAUAAUGUUUCUGGUCGACCUAUUGGACAUUGAUCUGAGCUCGGCCCUCCUCUGCUAUGACCAGCUGGGAAGCGUGUUGGAGCUCAGCCUGCCCUCUUGUUCCCAUCACCAAGCCUGUGUUUGCAGAUCAGGAGCACACAGCUCAGAGAUCAGCUACACCCCUGCAGACUUUCAGGAUGUUGUCUUUACACCAGUCCCAGUGCCUCAGGAACUGAAGCUAAAAUCACCCCUUCCUGACACGAAUGACUAAAUAAUACUUUUACAGCCACAAAACCGAGCCACAUCACUCGCACUGAAUUCUAGUAGCGAUGUUUGCACAUUUUAAAUGUUAUAUAUUGUAUUCAUAUGUAUUGAUAUAUAUCAGCACUUAUCUGGAUUGGUUGAAAAUGUAUUGACUUUAUAUGUGAACAGUUGUAAUAAGUUUGAAAAUGUUUCUUGUCUGAACGCUUCAUGAACUCCCUUGUGGCUAUAAACCAGUUCUGUUAACAUGCAUGUAUGUUACUAAUCACAUUAGUCAGCUCUUUUUUAUUGAUUUAUUCUCCCGUCAUAACAGCAUGACCGAUCACACGGUCAUAUUAUUAAUAAGUCCAGUAUCUUUGGCAAAGAUGUUUUUUGUUGCUGUAAAUGAAAGAAAAUACAUGAACAGAGCCUGGAUACCUACAACUUCUGGGACAAAGUGGGGGUGGGGGAGACACAGUGACGAAAUACACAUUGAACAAAAGAAAAAUAAUGCCUGGGACAUUAGAAAUGAAUGACAAGAAUGUACAUUUCAGUUUUAAAUUCCUGAUAUCAUUGUGGCAAAAACAAAUACCAUAAGUGAAAAUAUAUAUAUAUAUAUUUUUGCAAUUCCAGUUUUGCAGCCUCAGAACUCCAAACUUAAAUGACGACACAUGCGGUUUGAAUGGUCUGAUGCAACGCCGGCUUGAUGUUCUACUGUAAUACCAGCAUGUCAAUCUAAUAAAGUAACUCCAGUGUGCAGCAUGACAUACAGAAACAUACCAACGUAAAUCUCUCCGAUUACCAGUACAUAUUUUAUGAACCAGAUAUUCUUUAAGACUUAAUCAUUAUUAGGAUGCAGUUUUCAUGAUUUUAGUUGUAAACUUGGUACAUAAGCUCUGCUUGACCAUUAAAAGGGUCACCAGGAUAAAACCUCUAGUACAGUUUACUGGCUUUGUGAAAUACUGUCCCACAAAAAAAAAAAAAAA